AUGUGGUUGGUUGGUAAAGAGCACAGUUGGUUGACGGUCACUGACUGGAAGUUUACCUUUUACAAGUCGCUUAGCAUGUUUCGUCGCGGACCGCUCAGACCAAGGGAGUGGGCUUUUAAUCCGGCAGUGAUAGACGGGUCGACGAAACGGCAAGCGGAGACCGGUGCGUUGGCAGAGGUCAACCACAGCUUCGACGAUGCUGACAGCUCGGAGAGUUUGCAAAGUUCCAGCAGCGAAAACAGUAGUAUGCCAUCCUCGCCGUUCCAGUGUCAAAAUCCCUGCCAUCCAUGCUUCUCACUACCUGAUUUACUGUACUCAUCGCACGGCGCCGUUAACGCCGAGAUUGAAGAGACGACUGCAGACGGUUCAACGCUUUCGCCUUUGCCGUGCGAAACUUUCAGAAACUUUCCCGUGCUGGUACAACGACCAACAGAGGUUGUGAAGUGCUGUUCUAAGUGGCUGCUGUGGGGAGUUAUCGAUGCAGCUUAUGCCGUUUCGUACAGACGAAAAACUGACGUUCAUAAAGUGGACGAUUCAACCUAUUGCUUCAAUUCCAGCUCCUUUCUGGAUCCGGUGGUCAUUGAUGCUAACGGAUUCAGCGACAAGACAAAUCUGCCUGACCAUCAAAUCUGUCUCAACAUGUUCACUGCAAAUCCAGUGGCCCUAGACGAUCAGGAGAAGCCUGAAGUCGCAGCGCAACGAGCCAGCGAUAACAGUUUUCCUUUAGCAGGUGAGGUCGUAGAAUCAACCAACGAAAGGAACAAACUUAACCUCAAAAUUGGUACAGUCAACCACCGGGAGAAAAAGAUCUACGAAUCGUUGAAAGCUCUGGUGCAAAAUGCUUCCGGUUUCAGUAACUCAUGGUAA